AUGGAGGAUAAUGCUUUAGAGAGCGCUGUUCCCAGCGCUGAAGGAUGCCGGACAGCGUACGAAAAGGGUUCCGCAUCUGGUCAAGCCUUUAUAGGCGUGCUAUCUGGCUUUCCCUACACCUGCUUCCAGUUCCAGCAAGCACUUCUACACCAGCCUUAUUUCCCGGAUGACCUGGAUCUGGAGCUUACUUAUGAUAAUAUCUCUGUCUCUGGGUCAUCAAUCUGUGCCUCUGCAGACCUGGGCCAGAGUCUUCAUAAUUGGUUCAAAAACGAGAGAACCCACCUCACUGUGCUGGUAUUUCCAUGGAGCUAUAUUUUCUCUGCGCGUUGGGCUGGACUUAUGCCCAAAGCCACACUCGCAUAUACGGAUAGCAAGGCAUACGACAGCGACAAACCCGAAGAAGACGAUUCUGCUAUGAUAAAUUUCGAUCUCCCUGGUCAAUAUCUCUUCCGGCAGACCUCGACCUUUCCUAUCGCAAAAACCACUAUUCGCCCUCAGAUACAGCCGUAUUAG